GGGAGAGCGGAUAUAGUGAAUGCGGGGUCCGGGGAGAGUGGAUAUAGUGAAUGCAGGGUCCGGGGAGAGCCGAUAUAUUGAAUGCGGGGUCCGAGGAGAGCGGAUAUAUUGAAUGCGGGGUCCGGGGAGAGCGGAUAUAUUGAAUGCGGGGUCCGGGGAGAGCGGAUAUAGUGAAUGCAGGGUCCGGGGAGAGCGGAUAUAGUGAAUGCAGGGUCCGGGGAGAGCGGGAAUGCGUUGACCAGAUAUAGUGAAUGCGGGGUCCGGGGAGAGAGGAUAUAGUGAAUGCGGGGUCCGGGGAGAGCCGAUAUAGUGAAUGCAGGGUCCGGGGAGAGCCGAUAUAGUGAAUGCAGGGUCGGGGAGAGCGGAUAUAGGAUGAGCCGAUUUAGUGAAUGCGGGGCGGGGUGCGGGGUCCGGGGAGGGGAGAGUGGAUAUAGUGAAUGCAGGGUCCUGGGGAGACCAGAUAUAGUGAAUGCGGGGCCCGGGCAGAGCGGAUAUAGUGAAUGCAGGUUCCGGGGAGAGGAUAUAGUGAAUGCAGGGUCCGGG